UUCGCUGAAGCGGCGGCAGGAGCUGGCGCUGACUGAACGCCUCGCGGUUGGUCGCCGAUGCCCUUCCUCAAGGAGGGGGCGUCUGGAUCCUGGUGAGCGCACCCAGAGCCCCCCGACUCGGUGUCUUCACCCGCCCCUCGGACCGGCACACCCGUGUGUCUGCCAUGGCUGAGAACGCAGAUGGUGACCUGAACUCUAACCUGCUCCACACCCCCUACCUCACCGGGGACCCCCAGCUAGACACCGCCAUCCGGCAGUGGCUUCGUUGGGACAAGAAUCCCAAAACAAAAGAACAAAUUGAAAAUCUCUUACGGAAUGGGAUGAACAAGGAAUUGCGUGAUCGUCUUUGUUGCCGGAUGACUUUUGGGACUGCUGGACUUCGAUCUGCCAUGGGGGCAGGGUUUUGCUACAUUAAUGAUCUUACAGUAAUACAGUCAACACAGGGGAUGUACAAAUACCUGGAGAGGUGUUUUUCGGACUUCAAGCAGCGAGGCUUUGUUGUUGGGUAUGACACUCGGGGUCAAGUAACUAGCAGCUGCAGCAGCCAGAGGCUUGCUAAACUCACUGCUGCAGUGUUGCUUGCUAAAGAUGUUCCUGUUUACCUUUUUUCAAGAUAUGUUCCUACACCUUUCGUACCAUAUGCAGUCCAGGAGCUCAAAGCAGUUGCAGGUGUGAUGAUUACUGCAUCUCACAACCGCAAAGAGGACAAUGGAUACAAGGUUUAUUGGGAAACUGGUGCUCAAAUAACAUCUCCACAUGAUAAAGAAAUUCUGAAAUGUAUAGAAGAGUGUGUGGAACCCUGGAAUGGUUCCUGGAAUGAUAAUUUAGUGGACACCAGCCCACUGAAGAAAGAUCCUCUCCAGGACAUUUGCAAGAGAUACAUGGAAGAUCUGAAAAAGAUCUGUUUUCACAGGGACUUAAAUUCAAAGACCACCUUGAAAUUUGUACAUACCUCCUUUCACGGAGUGGGACAUGACUAUGUACAGUUGGCUUUUCAAGUAUUUGGUUUUAAGCCUCCAAUUCCGGUCCCAGAACAGAAAGAUCCAGAUCCAGAGUUCUCUACUGUUAAAUGCCCAAACCCCGAGGAAGGAGAAUCUGUGCUGGAACUCUCCCUGAGACUGGCAGAGAAAGAGAAUGCCCGGAUAGUGCUAGCUACAGAUCCUGAUGCAGACCGGCUAGCAGUGGCAGAACUUCAGCAGAAUGGCCAUUGGAAAGUUUUCACAGGGAAUGAGUUGGCAGCUUUGUUUGGGUGGUGGAUGUUUGAUUGCUGGAAAGAAAACAAAUCAAAUGCUGAUGUGAAGAACGUUUACAUGCUAGCCACCACUGUCUCUUCUAAAAUUUUAAAGGCGAUUGCACUUAAAGAAGGAUUUCAUUUUGAGGAAACAUUACCAGGCUUUAAAUGGAUUGGAAGUAGGAUAAAAGAUCUCCUAGGGCAUGGGAAAGAAGUCCUUUUCGCAUUUGAAGAGUCUAUUGGUUUUCUGUGUGGAACCUCGGUGUUGGAUAAAGAUGGUGUGAGUGCAGCUGUUGUUGUUGCUGAGAUGGCCUCUUUCCUGGAGAUCAGGAAGGUAACCCUGACAGAGCAGUUGGCAAAAGUUUAUGAGAAAUACGGUUAUCACAUGUCAAAAACUUCCUAUUUCUUGUGUUAUGACCCACCUACCAUCAAAACUAUAUUUGAAAGGAUUCGCAAUUUUGAGUCUCCAAAUGAAUACCCAAAGUUUUGUGGGGCUUUUGCUAUCUUGCACGUACGGGACAUAACCACUGGAUAUGACAGCAGCCAGCCCAAUAAGAAAUCAGUACUGCCUGUGAGUAAAAACAGCCAAAUGAUUACAUUUACUUUUCAAAAUGGCUGUGUUGCUACCCUUCGAACAAGUGGGACAGAACCAAAGAUCAAGUAUUAUGCAGAGAUGUGUGCAUCACCUGGCCAGAGUGACACUGCCUUACUGGAAGACGAAUUAAAGAAGCUCAUUGAUGCUCUGAUAGAGAAUUUUCUAGAGCCCAAUAAGAAUGGACUGACCUGGCGUUCUGUGUAGGCUAGGGCACAUCAGUACGUUAUGACUUUGCACUGACCUGGAAUGAAGAACUCUACACAGUGAACCUCGUGUUGGAAUUCUCCAUCUGCCAAGUUAUCUUUCCCCUUUUCUUUCCUCUAUUCUGCUGGCUAAAUAGAUUAUAUAUAUACAUUUGAAAUGAAAAUGUUUGGAGGGAUAUGAGUCAAAUGUUUUCAUAAUCUUAAAUGACAGUCAUUAUAGUGAAAAGUGUUACAGUGGCACGCCAUUCCUCCUGUAUCACAAACAAUACAAAAGUGAGUUUUCUUAUUAAACUGUGGUUAAGCUUAAUUACAUAUCUCGUAAUUGUGUAUAGCAUGGUUUAAAAGAAACAUUAUAUAACUAUAGGGUUAGUUAAGGAAAUUAUUUCUUCAAGAUAUGUGUGUUUGCUGGGGGUGCUAUUCCUGCCCAUUUUGGAAAAGUGUCAUUGUCAUGAUGUAGAUAUGAUUUUCAAGUUAGAAACCCAGCUUGAUGGCACAUUCCUGUAAUUACAGUUAUCAGGAGACUGAGGCAGGGGGAUCAUUAGUUAGUUUAUGGCCAGCCUGGUCCGCACAGUAAAACUCUGCCUCAAAAAGUAAUAGGUUAUUUAGGUUUUCUGAUUUAGGACAGAUAUUACAGCCUGUGGUUUUGCACCUCUGUUUCAGGUGACCUUGUUGUGAUGUAUAUUUACUUUAGGUAUUUAAGACUGAUGUUUACUGAACAUAAAACAAUAGUGGCAACACUCCUAGUGGCUUUGUUCUUGUCACAUUUCUCAAUGCAUUCUCAGGGUCUGGUAUGAACUAAACAGUGUUCCUGCGUUGGAUAUAAUUUCAUCAGUCCAUUUUCAAAUGGCUAAGGGAAAUCUUCCAAGCUGUAUAGGUGCUCCCUCUAUGGAAAACAGGUUUGUUGAUGCUAAAAAUGGUUGCAGAAAAGAUCUUAAUAAAAUCUGGCCUAAUGUGCA